AUGCCCGAAAUCGGACCGUUGGAUUUCGAUCCAAUCAUCGCCGCAUUAAGCGCCGUCUAUUCCGGCGACGGGUCGCCCGCGUCGCUGGCGAAGGAGCGGCCCGAGGCGCUAAAGGCUCUGUCGGAGCUCCUCGCGUUCCACAUGGCGACGUCGGCGCUGAACGUGGCGGCCAUCGCGGCGCAGUUCACGGCGGAUGCGGGCAACCUGACGACGGUGAACGGGCAGGGACUGUGGAUCAACUACCACACGAGCCAAUCCGCCACGCUGCUCAACGCGUACUCGCCCGCGCAGCGCGCGCUGAUGAUCAAGGGGGUGCUCGUGGCGGAUGACGACACCACCGACGGGAAUGACGGCACGCUGUUCUUCCCGAAAGGCACGACCAUCGCCGCUAACGGAACCGUCCUGUUCGACCCCGAGACGAUCCCGUAUUGGGUGGACUGGAAUGGCAUGGAAUUCUACAUGAACGACACGAUCGUCGCCGCUAACGGAACCGUCCUGUUUGACCCCGCGGAUAGCCUGUCUUGGAUUGAAUACCAUAUGAGUCUGCUUGACAACGAGCCCAACGAGCAGUCGCCUCCCUCCAACAGCUCCGCGCACCCGCAGAUUCAAUCUGCAGAGCCUCCCCUGGCGGACCUUGUCCUCACCGAAAAGGCCCCCCGGCGCCUGGCGAACAUGUACGCGUCGUGGGGCAUGUGGGGCAUGGGGGGGUUCGCGGAGUGGGAGGCGCGGCCGCCCUACUUGAGCGAGUGGAGUGAGGAGGAGCAGCAGCAAUUGGCGAGCAAGGCGACGUGGUGGAUGAACCGGAUGGGACCCUCUCCGGCAGCUGGCAGCGACAUGAACGUGGCUCGGGUGGUGUGGGCUGAUGUGAUUGAGAGCGCUAGCAUGGUGGUGCAUGGCGUGGAUGGCGUGUUGUUUCCCCGCCUCAGAGACAACUCGUAUAAUAACACGAACAUGACAAGUAACGGCACGGCGGCCAAUGGAACCAGCGACGGGAAAGCAAACGGGAGUAGUUCUGCCUAUGGGAGUGGAAGGGCGGAUGGCAGUCCUGCCAACAGCAGGGACUCCAGUGGAGGAAGCAGCAGCACAGUGCCCACUGCGGGGACAGCUGCGACUGGCACACCUGGAAAUACCGGUGCUAGAGGGUCACUUCAGAGGCCCGGGCUAUCAGAGUGCACAGGUGGAGGGCCAUACCUGGGUGAAAAGAAAACAUCUUACCAGUCCCAGGACUUCAAUAUUGUCAAUGGACAGGUUUUGCUGGCUUGA